AUGAGUAGUUUAGAUUUUGACCUGGCCAGGGACGGUAAUCCGGUCACUUUUGACCAGGAUAGGCCCCGGCGUUAUCUAAACAUACCGAAGAAUAGGAGGAGGCUGAACAUAUUGCUGAUAUAUAUGAUCGGGUUCUCCGAAGGGCUGCUGUACCUUUCAAAUUUGGCAAUAUACUACAUGUUCAAAGAUGACUUUGGACUGUCGCCGGCGCAGCUGUCGCUGGUAUACGCGGUACCGGCACUGCCGUAUAUGAUAAGACCCUUUAUGGCCUAUUUGACGGACGCAGUGCCGAUUUUUGGGACCAGGCGCAGGCAUUACCUGCUUUUGAGUAGCCUGGUUCAGUCAGUCAGCUUUUUUAUGCUGGCAUUCAUGCCAAUAUCACUGAUAUUCUCCACGUUCGCACUAUUUUUAAUCACGUUCACGCUCGCAUUUUGUAUGACUAUCGCAGAGGCUCUCGUUGUCGAGAACAUAACAGAAGGAACCGACAAUCUGAGUGGAUUCGUAGUGAUAAAGGCGUUUUCGUCACUAUUCGUGUGCUACUUUUCAGGGUCUAUGCUGGAAAAGUACCCGAAGCAGAGGCUAUUCUUCAUCACGGCCUUUUUCCCGCUUCUGAUAACGUUCUUCGCAUAUUUCAUGAAGGAAGAGAAAGAGGUGAUUGUUUACGAAUCGCACCCUAUUACGGAUUUAAUAAAGUUCUUAUUUGAGCCGGUCAUUUUCCACCCUUGUCUGUACUUGUUCCUGGUGGUGGUGACGCCAGCAUACGAGGACGCGUUCCUGUACUACACGAUCGACGUGCUCGGAUACAGCCCGUCGUUCAUGGGAGUGUUGAGGCUCAUGUACGGACUAGCAAUCAUCAUCGGAAUAGGAAUAUAUCGUAUCUUUUUCAAAAACUCGUCGAUUAAGAAGAUGCUAUUCUGGUCAACGCUUAUAGCGAACAUUAUAUACUACAUCCCAUGCCUAAUAACCUCAGGGAUCAGCAGAAAAUGGGGAAUUCCAGAUAAGCCGCUCAUACUAUGCAGCGGGUUUUUGAUGGAGGCAGUUUUCGAGAUCCAGGUGAUGCCGUUCCUGACAUACACGACGAGGGUGACGCCCAAGGGCCUGGAGGCGUCAGUGUUUGCGUCUAUCAUGACGAUAAAAUCAGUCGGUAUUGUGCUAUGCAAAGUCUCAACUUCGCUGUUUACGUACCUAUUCGGAAUCGAUAACCACAAGUAUGAGCACUUGACAGCAUUCAUUCUGUUCUGCGCGACGUGCGCCAUGCUGAUAAUGGCAUACCUAGGCAAGCUGCCUAGCAAGGAGGAGAUGGAACUGUUUGUAUCCAGGCACAAGAUGACCAACGACCCUAUCGAAAAGGCCUAA